AGACACAAUCACACAUCGAAACCAAUAUUUUCACAAAAUGAGCAUCCACAAAAGCUUCUCAGUUUUGUCCAUCCUAUGGAUCACCGCCCUUUGCUUUGCUCCAUCAACCAUCAGUGCAGCACGAUUCGAUAUCCGAAACAACUGCCCCUUCCCUGUCUGGGCCGCCGCAGUGCCAGGCGGCGGCAGACAGCUUAACCAGGGAGAAUCUUGGCCCCUAGACGUGAAUGCGGGCACUACAGGUGGUCGCGUGUGGGCACGAACCGGAUGCAACUUUGAUGCUUCCGGACAUGGCAGCUGUCAGACCGGUGACUGCGGCGGCCUCCUUGAGUGCCAAGCCUACGGUCAACCACCAAACACCCUAGCCGAAUACGGGCUUAACCAGUUCAACAAUUUGGAUUUCAUCGACAUCUCUCUCGUUGACGGGUUCAAUGUGGCUAUGGACUUUAGUCCUACUUCUCCUUGCGACCGUGGGAUUCAGUGCACGGCGGAUAUCAACGGGCAGUGCCCUAAUGAGCUGAAAGCCCCGGGUGGCUGUAACAAUCCCUGUACCGUGUACAAGACUGAUGAGUACUGCUGCAAUUCUGGGAGCUGUGGACCCACGGCUUUGUCUAUGUUUUUCAAGGAGCGGUGCCCGGAUGCUUACAGUUACCCUAAGGACGAUACAACCAGCACUGUGGUUUUUACUUGCCCCGGCGGGACUAACUAUAGGGUUGUGUUCUGCCCAUAGAUCUUCGCUAUAUAUAGGUAGUAAAAUUACAACAAUAACUAAGAACAAGAUGUUUGGGAUCGAAUAAUUUGCAGUUUGAGUUCUUGGGAGCGCACACGUAAUGGUGUGCAUUAUGUAACACAUAGUUUGUUUGUACUAAAUUAAAGGCUGGUUUUGUACUAAUUAAAUUUGUUAUGAAAAAAUAUGGUUGUGUACAAGUGUAUUAACAAAACCAGUUUAAUUCAUUUUGACGGC